AUGGCCCGUCCGAUGCUCUUGCUCAGUCUCGGCCUCCUGGCCGGCCUCCUGCCGGCACUGGCCGCCUGCCCCCAGAACUGCCACUGCCACGGCGACCUGCAGCACGUCAUCUGCGACAAGGUGGGGCUGCAGAAGAUCCCCAAGGUGUCAGAGAAGACCAAGCUGCUCAACCUGCAGCGCAACAACUUCCCGGUGCUGGCCGCCAACUCGUUUCGGGCCAUGCCAAACCUCGUGUCGCUGCACCUGCAGCACUGCCAGACCCGCGAGGUGGCGGCUGGAGCCUUCCGAGGCCUCAAGCAGCUCAUCUACCUGUACCUGUCCCACAACGACAUCCGCGUGCUGCGCGCCGGCGCCUUUGACGGCCUGACCGAGCUCACCUACCUCUACCUGGACCACAACAAGGUGACCGAGCUGCCCCGGGGGCUGCUCUCCCCGCUGGUCAACCUCUUCAUCCUGCAGCUCAACAACAACAAGAUCCGUGAGCUGCGCGCUGGCGCCUUCCAGGGCGCCAAGGACCUGCGCUGGCUCUACCUGUCAGAAAACGCACUCAGUGCGCUGCAGCCCGGCGCUCUGGACGACGUGGAGAACCUCGCCAAGUUCCACCUGGACAGGAACCAGCUGUCCAGCUACCCCUCGGCUGCUCUCAGCAAGCUGCGGGUGCUGGAGGAGCUGAAGCUGUCCCACAACCCCCUGAAAAGCAUUCCUGACGGUGCCUUCCAGUCUUUCGGCAGAUACCUGGAGACCCUCUGGCUGGACAACACCAACCUGGAGAAGUUCUCAGACGGCGCCUUGCUGGGUGUGACCACACUGAAACACGUCCAUCUGGAGAACAACCGCUUGAACCAGCUGCCCUCCAACUUCCCCUUUGACAGCCUAGAGACCCUCACCCUCACCAACAAUCCCUGGAAAUGUACCUGCCAGCUCCGGGGUCUUCGGAGGUGGCUGGAAGCCAAGACUUCCCGCCCUGAUGCCACUUGUGCCUCGCCCGCCAAGUUCAAAGGCCAGCAUAUCCGUGACACGGACGCUUUCCGCGCCUGCAAGUUUCCCACUAAGAGGUCCAAGAAAGCCGGCCGCCAUUAA